AAUUUGACAGGUGACACACUAGAAUGGUUUGAUAUCUUUUCCUAUAAACACAAAUAAACCAAAAUGCCGGUGAUACUUCUAGAACGGAUACCGUUGCCUAGUCUUCGUACAUACACUAGUCUUUCUGUCUUAUUGUUGUCAUGUGCUGUAUUUUAUGCCUAUCAAUGUGUUCUUGCUUUUCAAACAAACACUCAUUCUGAACUAAACGGAGCCGAAAUCGAACAUAAUGUUAACAUCGGUGGUUCAAAAGAAAGCAGUGAAAUAUUUAAUGAUCCAGAUAUAGUAAAGGAACCAAUAUCAAGUGAAUUUGACAUUCAGCUACCUUAUGAUAGUUUUUGGUGGAAUGUAGUUUAUGUACUAACUUCAGAAAUAUGGUGCAUUUGGACUGUUGUAAACACAGCAUAUUGCUGUCUAAUUCUUCUUGCCAAGUUGAUUCAAAAAGCUGUAUUUGGAGAGUUGAGAGUUGUAGAAAAACAGCAUCUGAAGGAUAAGUUUUGGAACUUUUUGUUUUACAAGUUCAUUUUCAUCUUUGGAGUGAUGAAUGUCCAGACAAUGGAGGAAGUCUUUGUAUGGGUUGCUUGGUUCAGCUUUCUUGGGUUCUUCCAUCUCUUGACUCAGCUGUCUAAAGACAGGUUUGAAUAUUUGUCAUUUUCUCCAACAACACCACGAUUGAUGCACAUGAAGCUGCUGAGUUUAUUAGGAUUUAUACUAUUUAGUUGUAUGGUAUUGUUAUGUGCCUGCACCUACAUUGGAUUACAUGCAGGAAUCACAAUCUUUGCUUUUAUGGCUGCAGAGUGCCUUAUCCUAGCAAUUAGAUGUCUGCAUGUCUUAGGAAGAUAUGUGAUUCACCUGUAUGAGAUGAAUGUUGAUGGAGUAUGGGAAAAUAGAUCUAUAUAUAUUUACUACACAGAAUUAAUAUUUGAGCUAUCAGCCAUAUCAAUAGACUUUGGCCAUCAUCUUCAUAUGCUUUUAUGGGGUAACAUUUUCCUGAGUAUGGCUAGUUUAGUUAUCUGUAUGCAGUUAAGAUUUCUGUUUUAUGAAUUUAAAAGAAGAUUGAAUCGUCAUCAGAAUUACAGAAGAGUUGUAAAGAAUAUUGAAGCUAGGUUUCCAAUGGCAACAGAAGAAGAAAUCAAAGACCAUAAUGACAACUGUGCUGUUUGUUGGGAGAGAAUGGAAUCAUCCAGAAAAUUACCAUGUGGGCAUCUCUUUCACAAUGCUUGUCUGUUGUCAUGGUUAGAGCAGGACACAUCAUGUCCAACAUGUCGGAUGUCACUCAGUGAAGGUCCCCAAGGUGAUCCUAACGCAAAUGUUCCAGAUGAAACAGGAGAUGCCAGGCCUAACGUGCCACACCCACCUCAUCCACCACCAAAUCCCCAGACUACCAACCAUUUCUUCCACUUUGAUGGAUCCCGAUAUGUGAGUUGGUUACCCAGCUUUUCUGUAGAAGUAACACAUACACAGUUAUUACCACAUGGUGGAGCCAGACUACCAGCCUUACAGACUUCACAGCUAGAUAACAUGGCAAGACAGGUAUUAUCUGUGUUCCCACAUAUGCCAUUAAGUUUAGUAACGGAAGAUCUGAGGAAUACUAGAUCAGUAGAUUUUACUAUAGAAAAUAUUUUAGAAGGACGACUUGAGGCUCCCCCUCCUGGUACUUUGGUAACAAGAGCAGCAAUAGGAGAUAGCGAAUCAGAGGAAGAACCAGAAAAUCAGCAAUUGUUGCUUCCUUCAGUCAUAUCACAGACAGGAGCAAUGGCAUUAGCUGAAAAUUUGUACCAAGAACAGAAUGAUAGACCAUCAUAUAUUGAUGAGAAUGUUCCUUUUUUAGAGGAAAACAGGGAAGAAAUUAAUGAACCAGCUGCAGGUCCUUCAACUUUUGGAGGGAGAUUCUCAAAGUCAACCUCAGAGAGGGAAGAAAUGUUAAGUGAUAGAAAAAAUUCUAUGUUGGAAAUGGCUAGAAAGAAAUAUUUAGACAAAAAUAGUACAAACCAGGGUGAUCUGAAUAGUGUAGAAAACAGUGAAAAUAAAAAUAAUAUUUUACAAACACAAACAUCAACAGAAGAAUAUCUUGGAAGGCCAGAUUAUACACAUACAUCAUCAGGAGAUCCUCUUAGAGAUUAUACACAUACAUCAACAGAAGAUCCUCUUAGAAGGAGAGAAUUACAUUAUAUGGCAGCACAAAGAAGAUUUAAUGGAGAAACUCAAUUGUAAAUUAUUAAAAAGAUGUAUAUUAUUUGUUAAUAUAAUUAAAUUUUUAAAAUAUUGUUUUGAAAUGUGAUAUUUUCCAGUAGUUAUAUUUUUUUCUAUAAUUAAAAUUUUUUCAUGCUUUCCUUUAAAAAAAAAAAUCCCUACAUUUUGGAAGUCUGAUAAAUGUUGUAAAUAAAAUGCAACUAGAUUGGAUUGUAUGAAAAUAAAUUUAUACAAAUCUUUAAAUAACCUGUCAGUUUUGUUUUGUGAUAAAUUGAAAUAUUGAUUUGGAGGAAAUAAAAUAAAUAGAAUUUUACUUGUCUGAUUGACAUUUGAUGUUGUCCACACUUUUAUUCAUUUUUAGCUUACCUGGCCCAUAGGGCCUUCAAGCUAUUGCCAUCAAUUAGCAUCAGUCCUCGUAAACUGUUUCAUUAAAGAAUUCUCCUCUCAAACUGAACUUUUCCUGAAUGUUCCCAAGGGAAUCUAGUUUUUAAAUUGUAUACAAGUAUAUAAAAAUGGCUGCUGUUGUUUAAAAUAGGACAAAGGGAGUAAAGUAGAUUCAUCAAAAUAAGAAGGGUAAAAAUGAUCAGUAGGUCAAGUUCUAUCUGCCAUGAUUGCAAUAUAGGUAAAAAUAAAUUUCAAAAUUGUAUAUUGUUACCAGGUGAGCGAUUCAGCCUUUUGGGAUCCUCAUGUUUUAUUAUUUCUAACUUUCAGAAGUAUCAAAAUUUAUAUGUUAAGCUAUUUUGACUAAUUAAAAGCAAUUUUUGUCGAGCCUGCGACUUUUGUCGCAGAAAGCUCGACAUAGGGAUAGCGAUCCGGCGGCUACGGCGGCGGCGGCGGCGUUAGCUAACUUCUUAAAAGCUUUAUAUUUUAGAAGGUGGAAGUCCUGGAUGCUUCAUACUUUGUAUAUGGAUGCCUCAUGUUACGAAGUUUCCGUCAGUCACAUGUCCAAUUUCCUUGACCUCAUUUUCAUGGUUCAGUGACUACUUGAAAAAAAAGUUCAGAUUAUUUGUAAUGUUAAAUUCUCUCUUAUUAUAAGUAAUAGGAUAACUAUAUUUAGUAUGUGCAUACCUUGCAAGGUCCUCAUGCCUGUCAGACCGUUUUCACUUGACCUCGACCUCAUUUCAUGGAUCAGUGAACAAGGUUAAGUUUUGGUGGUCAAGUCCAUAUCUCAGAUACUAUAAGCAAUAGGUCUAGUAUAUUUGGUGUAUGGAAGGACUGUAAGGUGUACAUGUCCAACUGGCAGGUGUCAUCUGACCUUGACCUCAUUUUCAUGGUUCAGUGGUUAUAGUUAAGUUUUUGUGUUUUGGUCUGUUUUUCUUAUACUGUAUGCAAUAGGUCUAUUAUAUUUGGUGUAUGGAAUGAUUGUAAGGUGUACAUGUCCAACUGGCAGGUGUCAUCUGACCUUGACCUCAUUUUCAUGGUUCAGUGGUUAUAGUUAAGUUUUUGUGUUUUGGUCUGUUUUUCUUAUACUGUAUGCAAUAGGUCUAUUAUAUUUGGUGUAUGGAAUGAUUGUAAGGUGUACAUGUCCAACUGGCAGGUGUCAUCUGACCUUGACCUCAUUUUCAUGGUUCAGUGGUUAUAGUUAAGUUUUUGUGUUUUGGUCUGUUUUUCUUAUACUUUAUCCAAUAGGUCUACUAUAUUUGGUGUAUGGAAUGAUUGUAAGGUGUACAUGUCCAACUGGCAGGUGUCAUCUGACCUUGACCUCAUUUUCAUGGUUCAGUGGUUAUAGUUAAGUUUUUGUGUUUUGGUCCGUUUUUCUUAUACUGUAUGCAAUAGGUCUAUUAUAUUUGGUGUAUGGAAUGAUUGUAAGGUGUACAUGUCCAACUGGCAGGUGUCAUCUGACUUUGACCUCAUUUUCAUGGUUCAGUGGUCAAAGUUAAGUUUUUGAGUUUUGGUCUUUUUUCUUAUACUAUUAUGCAAUAAGUCAACUAUAUUUGGUGUAUGGAAAUAUUCUAUGAUGUACAUGUCAGUCUCGCAGGUUUUAUUUGACCUUGACCUCAUUUUCACAGUUCAUUGCUCAGUGUUAAGUUUAUGUGUUUCAGUCUGUUUUUCUUAAACUAUAAGCAAUAGGUCAGCUAUAUUUGUUGUAUGGAAGGAUUGUAAGCUGUUCAUGUCUGCCUGGCAUGGUUCAUCUGACUUUUACCUCAUUUUCACGAUUCAUUGGUCAAUGUUUAGUUUUCUUGGUUAAGUCUGUUUCUUAGAAACUAUAAGCAAUAGGUCAACUAUAUUUAGUGUAUUGAAUGAUUGUAAGGUGUACAUGUAUUUCUUGUUUGGUUUAUAUGACCUUGACUUCAUUUUCUUUGAUCAUGUUAAGUUUAUGUAAUAGUUGUAGUAAAGCUUUCAUUUAGGACUAUCAACAUAAUAUCAAUGGUUAGUAAAGAAGGCGAGACAUUUCAGCGUGUCCACUCUUGUUUAUUUUAAAUUUGGAUAUGGUCAGUAGAAUAAUCAUUAAAGAUAAAAAGCCAAUUAAUAAGAAGUGGAAAUUAAAAAAUAAAAAAAUGUAACUCAAUAAAAUUGUUUAAAAAAAAAUCCAAUUAAAAUGUUCACAGUUAUUGAUAUCAGUAGAAAAUAGUUUUAAGUUAUUAAAUUGAGUUUUAUUAUAUAUUGUUGAUUUAUUAUAUUUGAACAUUUCUGCUCUACACCGGUGAACAUUUUCUUGUGUCCUAUCUUAAGUUUACCAUAUUAGCCACAUAUGUACAUAUGAUAUGGGUUUCUGUAUUUUUAAAAUGUGGCAUGCAUAUUUUUAUUAAAAAUCUCAAUAUCCAAUCAAAGAGUGGUUGUAAACAUGAAAUAAGAGAGUACUGAUUGUUUCUUAAUAUCUAACUCAAUUUUAAUUGUGUUUCAUCUUUGUGUCUUUUUUUUGGGGGGGGGGGUCAACCAUGGUUGGGUGUGUUUACCCCAAUGGAGCAAUGUAAAAUGUUGAAGCACAAGAUUGUAAUUUAUUCCCACUUUAACACAAAUUAGAAUGUGCUUUAUGCAAAGUUCAGUAGAAAAAUAAUACAAAUGAAACUCUUUAAACAUUUUUCAGUACACUUAUAUAUGAAUAAUCUGUGACUGAAUGUACAUACACUAAUGUUUGUGAAAUUUUCUCUGUGAUAUUGUAAAUAUACAUAAUUUUAACUUUAAAAGCAUAGACACUUUUAAUCAUAAAUAAAUAAUAAAUUAUGAAAUAACAUAUUGUUAAUCCUCAGCUUAGCUUCUGUUGUCCAUAUGCUUGUUCGUCAAUGUUAUAAUCUCCUUUUUUCCUAAAAAUCCUAUGUAAGAAAGUGCCUUUUUCACUAUAAAAAAAUGUUCAUAGAAGAUGUAAAUAUUUUAACCAAUUAAUUGGUUUCAGUUGUAAAUUUAAUAUGCCAUACUGGCACACUUUAUAUUUUGUUGUUGUAUAACGUUAUGAUUGAUUUUAUUAUCAUUUUACAUCAUAGAAUAUUCAUAAUACCAUAACUAGACUUGUAAAAAAGUGCUUUUUUGUUUUAAUGCUAACAUUGUACUUCAAUAUUGUCAUGUCAGCUAAAGUGACUUUAACUAUGUUUUUUCCAUGGAAAAUAGUUUUAGACGUAAGUUAACAUUCAUUACAAAUCAACAUUUAAGUUUACAAAUUGUGUAUAUGAAUUAAAAUAUGUGCUAACUCUAAAAAUUUUAAAACACUAGCUCAUACUUCUGUGCUAAUGUCAUCUUGAUUUGUGGUGUUUCGACAAAAAUGAUUAAAUUCACCUGAAUUUAGAAAGAAAAUUCAGUUUACUGUAAAAGUAAUUGCAGAAUAUUUCAUGCUUUGGAUGUAUAUAAAUAUUUACCACUUGACAAAAAUUAAUUGAACAGUACAGUUUAAUGGUCCUGUAUGUUUUAAGUGCAGAUAUUUUUUUGGCUCAAAAACAAAGACUUUUCAUAGAUUUUUGUUCAAAGAGUUAUUGAUUUGUCAAUUAAUGCUAAUUACUUCAGCAAGAUUGUAAUGAUGAUUUUGUAGUUUUACUAAGAACUAAAUGAAGAUAGAUUUCAUGACAUAGUUUGAGUGUGAGUUUAUUCCCUUGUCCACCAUUUUGGAGGUGUUAAUCAUUUGACUAACCAAAUUGAAACCUUACUAGAUCGUAGUGAUAAAUUAAGAAGGCUGACAUAAAAGAAAAUUUUCAGAAAACAACUUUUUUUAAAGUCUAGCUGUUUGUAUAACAAGUUGAAUGUGGUUGAUUUAUGAAGGAAUUUAUGUUCGUAGACUCCAAAAAUGACAACAGAAGGGAGGUAACUCUUGCUCAAAAUGUUUAAAUUGAAAACUAUCUAUGAACAUUGUUAAACAAAAAGUUUUUAUAUUUUGUACAAUCAUUUUUGGGGUAAAUUAUGCAUGAUAUGUACUAAUAAUUGUAUGUAUAUAUGAGUAUAUGAAUUGUAUUAUCAUUUCAGACAAUAAGGUUUAUUAAAUUUUAUGGUUUUAUUUUUCAUUUAGAAAUUGCAACUUAUAAGCAAUUGCUGCAUUAAGUAUCAUUUAUUAUUAUGAACUAAACUUUUAAGUUGUAGAUGCACAAUUGAAAUUGCUCAUAAUUUAAAACUUUCAGGAGUUGAAUUAAAAUUGUAAAGGGACUUUAAAACAUAUUAAAAAAAACUCAAAGAGAAAUUUGUUCAAAAAAGAUUUAAAAAGUUGUAAAAGUUCAUUUUAAAAACAAUUCAGGUAAAAAAGGAACAGAACUAUUCAAACACCCUCAAAUACUUGCUGUUGAUUACCUUGAUGCUAUAAAUAUUUUAAACUGGAAUUUUUAAAUAGACCAUUAAAUAAAAACCAUGUUAAUUGAAGUUUCAGUUGAAACUGGUUAUAUUUUUUUUUCUAAAUGUUAGUUAUAGUAUAUGUUUGUUAUGAAUAAAACCACAUCAAGUUAUUAAAAUCAGUAUGAUUAUCUAUGUAGGUGUAUUUUAUAACCACAAUAUAGGUAAAUUAUGUAAAUUAUUCAAGUUGUAUACUGUGAAUUCAAUGUACAUUUGAUAUUUUUAAUUACAUAAAUUCAAAUUUUGCUGUUAAAAUUUUUUAUAAUUUGAAUAAGUUCAGGUAUAUUACACGAAAUUGAAAGUAUAGUGGUUAAAAUUUAAUACAUUUUAGGACAUGAUUGUAAGGCAAGAAUAAAAAGACAGAAAAUUACAAAAUGAAAGGUUGCAUUAUCAAAAUAUCAAGUUCUAUAUAAUGAUAUACUGAAGUGCCCUGUCAAGGAGAGUACCUUCCAACAGUACUCAGGAUCUCUGGUUCUUUGUAAAAGUUAUAAUUUAAUACCAUGAAUUCUGUUUAUUUGUAUGAAAUGCAUCUUUUUUUACACAUCCAUAUUAAAAGAUAUACAUUUUGGGUAUACAGAGCCUGUAUAGUCUGUAUUAUAAAUUACAAUUUACAGUAAUACUGACAUGUCUACUAGAAAGUAAUUUGGACAGAAUGUACCAUAGAUAAUCCUGAUGUUUUGAAUUUACAGUUUACAUGUAUAUUAUAAAUAAAUGAUUGAUUAUCUUAAAAAUCAGGUCAAAUAAACAACUGUUUUUUCCAGGUUA